AUGGGGAAGGGCACGGACACGUGUCCACAACCCCAUAUCCGGUCAAGGGAACCCAGGAGCGCGCCAGCAAUACAUAUCGUCCACGAGGCAGGGCGGAAGAACGCCACGUGUCAGGUUAGGACAGGUCAACACUCUCUCUGUGCAUCUCUUUCUGUGUGUGUGUAUAGUGAGCGCAGGGCUGCUCUUUCAGGGUCAGUCUCUCAUUCUCUCCUGCCCUCUCUCACUCUCGUUUACAUUCCCUGCGUUGCGUUGCUUGCCCGUUAUUCCUUCAUUCUCCACCCUCUUCCUUCUCCUGCUUCGUGCGUUGUUUGGAGUUUCCAGACUUUCAAGAUGGUAAGGGCUCACGUAAGUGCUUCUGUGAACACCCCCCAUGCCGACUUCUUAGUCGACUUGGGUCACCCAUUAUUAAAUCGAGUCGUUGAUGGGUUUGUCAAGGUUGGAGGAGUGGGCGCUCUGCAUGCUGCUUCUCAAGAUACCUACCUAUUUUUGCUCCAAGAGGAGACGAACAAGAAGUCUUUGGAAAAGACCGUUCAGCGUAUGGGCAAGGAGGCCGUGCAAUGGGGCCUUGUCGCUGGAGUUUACACUGGCAUGACCUACGGCAUGCAAGAGGCUCGUGGUGUGCAUGACUGGAAAAACGCAUUGUUGGGAGGAGCCUUGACUGGAGCUGCUCUUUCUCUGACUGAGCCCAACCCUCGUAGUGACCGAGUUGUCCGUGGAGCAAUCACCGGUGGAGCCAUUGCCACCGCCGCCGAGUUUUUGCGUAGCCUAACGUAGAUUUUGUGGUAUUGAUCUGUAAAGAAUGUUUACAGUUACUGUGUGAUUCUGCAGUUGAACCCAUCUGUCAAUCAUAACGAUGGGAAUUGCCCUCUUGGUGGCAUCUGUAAGAAAUGUUGGAUCCGAGGCUUUCUCUAUUCUUUUUGAGUGAGCAUGAAUUUUUAGAGCUUGUUACAUAAAUGCAGUGUGCUUUCAUCUACGAUAA